CAGUCAGCGUAGCCCUUCCCCCGCCGCAAGAAUAAACGGGAGAGGGAAAAAACCGAGACCCCUCUUCCUCUCCCUCCUCCCGUCCGGCGGCGCGGCGACGCGGCGAAUUCCGUCGAACACAACAUGUCCGCGCUCGCCUCCGCCGCCCGCUCGAGGCGCCGGCUCAUCCCCUACCUCCACCGCCUCCUCCACUCCGGCCCCGCCGCCGCCGCCUCCCCGUCCCCCUCCACCAGCCGCUUCCUCCGCCACUCAUCGCCGGUGCCCCGCACCCCCGACCACUCCCCCUACCUCCGCUUCCCGGACGUGCGCGUAUCCACGCUCCCCUCGGGCCUCCGCGUCGUCACGCAGGCGUUCCCAGCCGCCACCCGGAUGGCCUCCGUCGGCGUCUGGGUCGACGCGGGGAGCCGCUUCGAGCUCCCGGGGACCAACGGCACCGCGCACUUCCUCGAGCACAUGGCCUUCAAGGGCACUGGUCGCCGGCCCAACGCGCAGGCGCUCGAGGUGGAGAUCGAGGACAUGGGUGCUCGCCUCAACGCGUACACCUCCCGCGAACAGACCACCUUCUUCGCCGACGUGCAGGCGCGCCACGUGCCGGUCGCGCUCGACGUCCUCAGCGAUAUCCUGCAGCACCCGCGCUUCCCGGAGAAGGCCAUCCAGCGCGAGCGCGGCGUCAUCCUCCGUGAGAUGGAGGAGGUACAAGGUAUGAUGGAAGAGGUGAUAUUUGAUCACUUGCAUGCAGCAGCAUUCCAAGGCCAUCCAUUAGGGGACACAAUAUUAGGUCCAGAAGAAAACAUUAGAUCAAUCUCAAAGAAAGAUUUGGAGCAGUAUAUCUCAACUCAUUAUACCUGUCCUAGAAUGGUUGUAUCUGCCGCAGGAAGUGUCAGUCAUGAUGAGGUUGUUGAUCGAGUGAAAGAUUUAUUUACAGAAUUCUCCACUGAUCCUACUACUGCUGAUCAGCUUGUCGAAGCAAUCCCAGCUAUUUUUACCGGGUCAGAGGUUCGUGUGGAAAAUGAGGAGAUGCCUCUAGCACAUGUUGCAAUUGCUUUCAAGGGUAGUUCAUGGACUGACCCUAAAUCCAUUCCCCUUAUGGUGAUCCAAAGCAUAUUGGGAUCCUGGAACAGGAGUGUUGGGGUUGGGAACUGCUCAGGGUCUUCUUUAGCUCGUGGUAUCAGCAACGGUAACUUAGCUGAGAGCCUGAUGGCGUUCAACACUAAUUAUCGGGACAUAGGAAUAUUUGGCGUUUAUGCUAUUGCUCCGCCUGAUACCCUGCAUGACUUGUCACGGUUAAUAAUGGCGGAGCUUAGAAGACUUGCAUUCCAUGUGUCAGAAGAGGAGGUUGCUCGUGCCCGUAAUCAGCUGAAAUCAUCUCUAUUACUUCAUGUUGAUGGAUCCACAGCAGUUUCUGAGAAUAAUGGUCGCCAGAUGCUAACUUAUGGGCGAGUAAUGCCAUUCCUAGAACUUUUUGCACGCAUAGAUGCUGUUGACUGUGCUACAAUAAUGGAAACCGCCAAGGAGCACAUAAUUGAUAAGGAUAUUGCUCUGGCUGCUGUGGGACCAAUCUCGAAUUUGCCAGAGCUUAGUUGGUUUCGCUCAGAGACAUGUUCUGAUGAUGAAUUUACUCGAAGAAUAUUCUUUGGGAACGCACAAAAUAAUUGAAGCUGCGGUUCUGUGAACUGUGAUAGUGUUGUUGUACCACUAGCUAGGUCAUUCCAAGAAAUUACCGAUUGAUAGAUAGCAUCAGGCAUUUCAGUUAUUUGUUAGAUAUUCUCUUCUUUUUUGUGCUUGUACUACACUUCGUUGAUGCUAAAUGUGGAAAUAACUUUCUUUUUUGUUGUGCUCUC